GAAAUAUUCGAAUCAGAUCAGAUCAGAAAGAUUCAGAUCAGAUCAGAAGGAUUCAGAUCAGAUCAGAAACAUUCAGAUCAGAUCAGACCAGAUCAGAAACAUUCAGAUCAGAUCAGAAAGAUUCAGAUCAGAUCAGAUCAGAUCAGAAAGAUUCAGAUCAGAUCAGAUCAGAUCAGAUCAGAUCAGACAGAUUCAGAUCAGAUCAGAUCAGAUCAGAAAAAUUCAGAUCAGAUCAGAUCAGAACUUAAAAAAUUCAGAUCAGAAACAUUCAGAUCAGGCGAAGAGAACAGCUUCCAAGUCCCUGACGUAGUCCCAUCAUCUAACUGCGUUAAGAGCAAUAACUAGGCAACAUAACAUACAAACACCAUCAGCUUUAGUCAAACAGUUGAAAGAACCUUCUAGUAAGGCAGGCAUAGAAACUGGAUUUCCAGUAUAAGCCAUCCACCUAAAACCAACAGCAAGAGGUCCAAUGCCCAGGUUCCUAGAUCCUGAACAGCGGCCCAUAGCAACAGGGUUUGUGAAAAAUUUACCAUCCCUUUCUAAAAUCUUCUUCAUAACCACAGUGUAUCUGAGCCUAUCUGAGCCGCUUGUAGGACAGUAACCACUCUAAAGCUGCACCUCACAGGAUGAUCAACUGAACUGAACUUCACAUGAUGUACAUAAGAGUGAAAUCUCAAGUAAUAAAACCGAACAGCAGUCAAAACACAAUUGCCAUUGAAUACAUCACUGCUAUGGUAAAGACUGCCACUAAGACAAGAUCCAUCCGCACACUAUAUAUACCAUGGCUGUUUAUUUGCAAAUUCAUCCCUAUCUUGCUUUGACAAAGUUGGAUUGGGUAUGGUUUGCAUGAAUGAAACAGAAGAACUAUCAUACUUAGAAACUGAUUUGUGAACAUCAUAAGGUUCUUCAAUAUUGCAAACCUGGAAAUUAUACCAACAGCCUAAAAGUAAAACUUGGUAGUUUCUACCUGAAGUUUGCUCAUAUAGCCCCUGCCUGAACCACCACCAUGGGUUGUACGAGGUGCUAGAGUCCGUGAGAGUUGUUCUAGUAAUUUUUAUCUGUUUGUCAUUUGUUUUCUUGUGUUCAUCUUUGUUGUUGGUCUUGACAAUUUGUUUGAGUUUUUAGCAUCUCUUUAUGUCAUUGGGUAUGGUUGGAUCUAUGGGAACAGGUUUGGAUGUGUCAAGUCCACUACAUGGUUAGCGAUUGGUGUUGCUCUUUCAGGGGUGGCCGUCUCAAAGUCUCACCAUAGGGUUACAGUCGUAGUUGUUGGAGUUUCAGUUGGUGUCAGUUUUUUUCCCCUUUGCUUGAUGUAAUGAUCCUGAAUCUUUUUAUAUGAAUAGAGGCAUGUUUUGAUGAUUAAAAAAAAGUCACAUAUACACUUGACUUGGGCCUUAGACUUCCUGCAUUGGACGUUUUUUUCACACCUAAAUGUCCGUAAUGGGAUGCUCUAAGGAAUACUGCGGAAUAAUACUUCAACUAUUAAUAAACCUUGGAGACCUAACCUGCGAUACGUAGAGAGACAGAGCGUGCGUUGUGUGUGAGAGUUGGAGUGGUCGGCGAUUACAGAGGCGGAGGAGGGGUUUCGACGGUUGCAGAACAAGCGAAUAUCAGAGGCACUGGUACUAGAGGAUUAGGGGAGUUAUAUUGGAGGCUAUUUGAAGAGAUCAGAGAAGUCGAAUAAAGUAAAAUAUAAUGAUGAUGAUUAGCAGCAACAGAAUUAGCAACAAGGAUGAUGAAGCUCAUGAUGAGAAACAGAGGGAGUGGUCGAAUCUGUGCGAGGACCUGUUGUCUUCCAUACUCUCACAUUUAGCCAUCGGAGACUAUCUUACUUUCAAGUCGGUAUGUAAAUCAUGGAAAGCAGCAACUCUGCCUCCUCUUCUAUCAUCAAUGCCAUUACUUCAUUAUUGCCCACAUGAUAAGGAUUCAUAUAAUGACCCCUAUCUCAUGUACUUCAACGAGAAAACCGGCUUCUUCAACUUCCACGACCCAACACGUAAUUCCACUUAUUCACUUAGCAUUCCUCCCUCGUUGGAUGAUGAAAGUGGUGAAGUUGAACUUUUUCACGCUAGUUGUGGCUGGUUGCUUCUUGGUAAAGGUAGGCAGUCAUAUUUUUUCUAUAACCCGUCAACUGAGGUUAAAAUAGACCUCCCUGACUCGUGCGAAUCGUUUGAGUGGGUAUGUUUUUCUGGAUCACCAACAUCUGCCGGGUGUAAAGUAUUUGGCAUUUAUAGUGGUAUUACAUCUAAGCUUUUAAUUGGAACGUUACAAGUGGGUGAGACACUGGUCAAUGUAUGUCCUUGAGAAUGAAGGUGACGAUUUUUUUGCUUCCAAUUGCCCCCCUGUUGUGUGCAAUGGAUUCAUUUAUGUUCUAGGGGAAUCUGGAUAUCUAGGAAAGUUUUGGCUUAAGCCCAAGGGGGAAGACUGUAACUGGAAGAUCAUUGGCAAGCAUAAUCAAAAGCAGUUUUUAAAAUUUCAAGAUCGGUUUCUCUUGGAGAGUGACGGCAAUCUAAUGUGUUGCAACUCUGGAGGGCGGUGAAGUUCGGGUGUUGAGAUUCGAUGAUUAUAAUAAGAUUUGGCGGAAGAUAGAGAAUCUAAAUGGGAAAUCAUUUUAUGUGUCUCAUAGGACAUCCAUAUCGCGGAAAACAACCGUUAGCGGGACAGGAAACAAGAUCUUCUUUCCGAGGUUUUACGACGGUAAAGGGUUGUUUUAUUGCCUUGCAUCGAAGAAGUGGCACAACUUUCCCAAGAGUUUUUCAAGUGAGAAUUAUUACAACACAAUAGUUCACUGCGUUUGAACUGAACUUCCUCAUCUUUCUGGAUGGGGCGGCAGAUUACUCGAGUGAACAAAGAGGAGAUACCUUGCAAUCUAAGACAUGCCAUGUCCAUUCAUCGACGCCAUAAAUGGUCCGGCCGCAGAGCUUACAGAGGCAGCCUACUUUGUUGGUUGAUGUGCUCUUCUUCUUCUUACGCCCGCUCUGCAAUUUCUUUGAUUUCCGCGCCAUAUUUGUUGAUUUGCUCUCCUGUGAUUUGCUCUCCAGAAAUAUGUAUCAAAAAAACUUAUAAAUACCCUUUUGGGUAUGAAAAUUUGUUGGUGUAAUUCUGUAGCACUAUUAAGGUGGUAAAUCAUGCUUAAGCUGUUGUACCAUUUCAUCUUUCGUGGUCUUGUCCUUGUGCUUUCGUCAAUUAAAAUGCAAUAUCUUAUUGUUUUACAAAGUCAACAUUUUUUGGUCAAACAAUAAUAAAAAUCAAUCCUC